AUUAGCACCAUCUCAUGCACACAUAUCUAUGCACUUUUCAUCCAUCUAUCUCCGAUACCAUUGCCUUUUUUUUCUUCGUUGCCCUCCCUCUCCCUCCUCACUGGACGACUUCGCCGCCUUUCUCAGCUCACUUGCCCAAUCCUUUCUAUCUCCUGUUAUUUUUUUUUCCCAAUGGUCGGUUGCUAAUUACAGCUAAAGGGUAACCUAAAAGCAGAGAACGAAUGAUAUGGGUAAUUAAAGUUGUAUCUUCACAUAUAGCUCCAAAUCGCCAGCAUAUCAAGUCCAGUUGAUGUGAUUAGCAGACAACAAAUGAUUUAAUCACAUUCUGAUUUCUAAGCUGCUAUUAAUUAUCAUUAUAGAUUUGUGGAAAUUAAUUAUGUGAUUAUUGCUAAGUAUUUUCAUCCUUUUCCUUUUCAUAAUUUGUUUAUGAGUUAAAAUAAAACAAGAUAAAUAUUUUUCCCCUACUACAGUCCACAGCUUCAAAAUUCAAACAAACUAUAAGCAAGGAUGAGUUUAGAAGUUGCAGUUGAGUGGAACCAAAAAAACUCUCUCUCUUCACUUAUUCACAUGGUAACUAGGAAGCUGUCUGGUAGUGGUAUUUGUAAUUCCAUUUGCACAGAUCUUGUUGACAGACAUGUGAAGGGUACUGCCCUUUUAUUUUAGGGCCAAUGGGGUGCUGUGCAUGUGCCCUCUUUUCAUCCCCCUUUUUAACUCUUUGGUUAAGUCUUUUCUCUCCAGUUUUCUAUACCCUUAAUUUAAAACCAUCUCAUUUCUUUGGAACCAUCGUAAACCAUUCUCCCCCUCCACAUAAAUAUCACUUCUUUUUUUUUAUUUUUUUCCCAUAUUUUUGGCGUAAUACAAAACAUUCAUGCCUUGAAUCUUCGAGGGUGGUGUUCAAGAGUCAAAGAGGGGCAAAAUAUUUUUUGCUAAUUUAAUUUUCUCUGUAAUGCUUUUACUGCUCUCAGGAAUUAGAGGAGGGUCCCUCCCCUUGUAGGGUGCAUGGUUUGGCCUGUCUGAGUAUUCUCUCUCUACAUAUAUCAUUUAUGCUUAUUAAUUCGAAGGCCUAUCUCUCUAUAUAUAUGUGCACGCUUACGAGUUCUGAGUAGCUUCGGCUAAAGCAAGCCCAUACCACUUAGCCAUUUACAAAUCUUUGUGGAGUGGGCUUUGAGCUUUUCUGGAAGCAUCAAUGGCUGUUUUUAUGGUGGUUCUUGUUAUAUUUCUCUUGCUGCUCUGUAUCUCCUCUGCUUUGUUGAGAUGGAACGAGGUGAGAUACAGGAAGAAAGGUUUGCCUCCAGGUACUAUGGGUUGGCCAGUUUUUGGAGAGACUACUGAGUUUCUGAAGCAAGGUCCAAACUUCAUCAAAAACCAGAGAGCAAGGUAUGGCAGUUUUUUCAAAUCCCACGUUCUUGGUUGUCCUACUAUUGUUUCCAUGGAUCCAGAGCUCAACAGAUACAUUCUCAUGAACGAGGCAAAAGGGCUUGUUCCUGGUUACCCUCAGUCUAUGCUUGAUAUCUUAGGCAAAUGCAACAUUGCAGCAGUUCAUGGCUCCACCCACAAGUACAUGAGAGGGGCACUUCUUAGCCUCAUUAGCCCCACCAUGAUCAGAGAACAGCUUUUGCCCACAAUUGAUGAAUUUAUGCGAACCCACCUCAGUAAUUGGGAUGACAAAAUUAUUGACAUCCAACAGAAAACCAAAGAGAUGGCACUUCUCUCCUCUCUCAAGCAAAUUGCUGGCAGUGAUUCUAGCUCUAUAUCUCAAGCAUUUAUGCCUGAGUUUUUCAAGCUGGUUUUAGGCACUUUGUCAUUGCCAAUUGACCUUCCUGGCACAAAUUAUCGUCGCGGAUUCCAGGCAAGGAAGAAUAUUGUGAGCAUGUUGAGACAACUAAUAAAAGAAAGAAGGGCAUCAAAAGAAACACAUCAGGACAUGCUUGGUUGCCUGAUGAAAAGUGAAGAAAAUAGAUACAAAUUAACUGAUGAAGAAAUAAUUGAUCAAAUAAUCACCAUUUUGUACUCCGGAUAUGAAACAGUUUCUACUACGUCAAUGAUGGCAGUCAAGUAUUUGCAUGACCACCCCAGAGUUCUUCAAGAACUAAGAAAAGAGCAUUUAGCAAUUAAAGCAAAGAAAAGGCCUGAGGAUCCAAUAAACUUGAUUGACCUUAAAUCUAUGAGCUUUACUCGUGCGGUAAUUUUUGAGACCUCAAGACUGGCCACAAUUGUUAAUGGAGUCUUGAGGAAGACAACUGAAGAAAUGGAACUAAAUGGAUUUGUGAUUCCUAAAGGAUGGAGAAUCUAUGUCUACACUAGGGAGAUAAACUAUGAUCCAUUUUUAUAUCCAGAGCCAUUAUCCUUCAACCCAUGGAGAUGGCUGGACAAGAGCUUGGAGUCUCAAAACUAUCUUUUCAUUUUUGGAGGAGGCACCAGGCAGUGUCCUGGAAAGGAGCUAGGAAUAGCAGAAAUUUCAACUUUCCUUCACUACUUUGUAACUAGAUACAGAUGGGAAGAAGUUGGGGGAGACACACUAAUGAAAUUUCCAAGAGUUGAAGCACCAAAUGGACUACACAUCAGAGUCUCAUCUUACUAACUAACCUAUGAAUGUACAUAAGAGAUAUAAAAGCAAUUAUCAGGAAAAGGGAUAAGGAUGUAAAAUGAUCUUUCUAACAGAUUACAAAUUAUAUUGAACAUUUCCAUUUUUGGCUAUGAACUUCUAAUCUUCUUCUUC